CAUAGAUGUGAUCGCUAUGCAAAAUGACAACCACAAAAAGCUGCUAGGCAGAAGCCAAAGGCAUACGGUUGUAAAAUGCAUAGAUAUGGAUAAGGUGCUGCUUCCUUGUUCUUGUUCUCAUUGUUAACAUUGCAAACUUCAAAGUUGAAACUGAAGAUGAAAGAAGCUACACAAAGGUAUGCAGUAGUGACAGGGGCAAACAAAGGAAUUGGAUUAGAGAUAGUUAGGCAGUUAGCUUCAGUUGGAAUCAAGGUGGUGCUUACAGCAAGAGAUGACAAGAGGGGUCUUCAAACUUUGCAAACUCUCAAAGCCUCAGGUUUAUCUGACCUUGUAGUUUUUCAUCAACUAGAUGUGGCUGAUGCUGCAAGUGUAGCUUCUCUGGCAGAUUUUGUCAAAUCAGAAUUUGGGAAACUUGAUAUUCUGGUGAACAAUGCAGGGAUUAUUGGAGCUAAAAUUAAAGACAAUGAUUUAUAUAAUUUGGCGAUUUGUAACUUUGGGGUGUUAUCAGAAGAUGACGGGGAUAAAGCAAUGACUCAAACAUAUGAGUUAGCUGAAGAAUGCUUGCAAACAAAUUAUUAUGGUGCUAAAAUCACUACUGAGUCCCUUCUACCUCUCCUACACUUAUCUGAUUCACCAAGAAUUGUGAAUGUAUCAUCCUCCCUGGGGAAGUUAGAGUGUGUACCAAAUGGAUGGGCUAAAGGAGUCUUGAGUGAUGUUGAUAAUCUUACAGAAGAGGCAGUGGAUGGAGUAUUGAAAAGGUUUCUCAAAGAUUUCCAACAAGGUUCAUUAGAAAGUAAAGGGUGGCCUAAGACUUUGAGUGCAUAUAUUAUGUCCAAAGCUGCUAUGAAUGCCUAUACAAGAAUUCUUGCCAGGAAAUACCCCACUUUCUGCAUCAAUAGUGUUUGCCCUGGUUAUUGCAAGACAGAUAUAACUGUCAAUAACGGUUUCUUAACUGCUGAAGAAGGUGCUGCUAGUCCUGUGAGGCUAGCACUGCUUCCCCUUGGAAGUCCAUCUGGGCUCUUCUAUUACAAGGGAGAUGUGUCAUCCUUUUGAUUAGUAGUAUAGUUUUAUGGAUUGAAAAGCAGAUUGCAUUACAAAGCUUUUGCUUGUGUAUUAUGAUUCUACCAUUGUAAUCAAAUUAAUAUUAAUUACCUUUUAAAUA